AAGAAGAAGAAGAACUUCCUGCUGCUCUUCCUGCGACCACAAAGAGCGGUCCUAGUGCCUCCAUGUACCCUAACCGCCAUUAAACAGAAAAAAAAGAAGAACGACGAAGCCAACUUGGAAGUGGUCCAUUGAAAGGUUGCUAGCGCGACCUCUUGUACUGUAGAAUGUAGUAUGGACCAUAGGACAGGACGAAGAAGUCCCGUUAAGAAGCUGUGGAGGCCUAAGAUGCUCUACUAGUCUGCUGGAAAUCCAAAGAAGACGAAGGAGUAAAAAGCAAAAUGGCGUUUGACAGAGAAGGCCUAAACGUGGCCACUGGCCAUUAUUGUUUCUCUAUUUGUAUUUAGUGCAUACAUGUACGCAUAUAUGUCGUGUAGUAGAUGAAACAUUGUUAGUCAUUGUUUGUAUCCGGAUACAUUAGUCUGAGCGCACUUUAUGUGCUAGCUUAGCUUGCUAGUUAGCUUAGCUUGUUAGCUGCUAACAAAGAGACGCGGACGUUAUCAACACAUCGCUAAGUAGAGAUCAAAUGUGAGUGUAAAGUGUUGUGAUUGUGUGAAAAUGUGCGAAAGAACGAUAGCAAAGUAUGAGGAGGAACUUUGUCCAACAAAAGAGGAGAAGGAGCGACAACAUCAACUUAUGGACGCUCAAGUUGUGUUACACAGAACAGAUGUCCAGCAGCCCCCUCACAUUAAAGAGGAAGAGGAGGAUCCACAGCCACCCCACAUGAAAGAGGAAGAGGAGGAAGUGUGGAUCACUCAGGAGGGAGAGUGUCUUCUAGGGCAGGAGGAGGAUGAUGUCACCAAGUUUCCACUGACUGUUGUCUCUGUGAAGACUGAAGAGCAUGAAGACAAACCACCUGAGUCCUCACAGCUUCAUCACAGUCCAAACGUCCAGCAGCCCCCCCACAUUAAAGAGGAAGAGGAGGAUCCACAGCCCCCCCACAUUAAAGAGGAAGAGGAGGCUCCACAGCCGCCCCAUAUUAAAGAGGAAGAGGAGGAUCCACAGCUGCCCCACAUUAAAGAGGAAGAGGAGGAAGUGUGGAUCACUCAGGAGGGAGAGUGUCUUCUAGGGCAGGAGGAGGAUGAUGUCACCAAGUUUCCACUGACUGUUGUCUCUGUGAAGACUGAAGAGCAUGAAGACAAACCACCUGAGUCCUCACAGCUUCAUCACAGUCCAAACGUCUGUGAAGAACAACAUCUGCCUGAAAAACAGGAGUGUAGCUUCAGGAUGGUGAAGGAGGAGCCAUCAAAGAGGAAGACCAGACGCCACGGACCCUCUGGCGUCUCCUUUUCCUCUUUGACACAGACCCUUACCUGUAAAAAGGAAGAGGAAGACUCACUGACCCCCCACAUUAAAAAGGAAGAGGAGGAACACAGCAUCAGUCAGGAGGGAGAUCAUCUAGAAGGACCGGUGGAGUUCCCAGUGACUGGUGUCCCUGUGAAGAGUGAAGAUAAUGAGGUCAAAGGUGAAAGUGAGGAGAAGAGAGAGGCGGAGCCUCCAAGCAGCAGCUCAACACAACACAUGACAACAGAAGCUGAUGGAGACCACUGUGGAGGAUCACAAGCAGACAAGCUCUUAGCUCCACUAUCAGAUAGUGAGGACACAACGUCACACUCUCCUGACACUGAUGAUGAAGACUCUAAAGAUGAUAAGACAUGUCACACUGACAACACUCACUUCAAAUGUUCUCACUGUGACAAAACCUUUAAAUACCAUUGUCGUCUGAAAACACACAUGAGAACACACACUGGAGAAAAUCCUUUUCCCUGUUCAAUAUGUGGUAAAGGUUUUGUACACAGUCACUAUUUGAAAGCACACAAGAGAAUACACACUCGUGAAAAACCUUUUAUCUGUUCAAUCUGUGGUCAAGGUUUUGCACACAGUGUAUAUUUGAAAAAACACAGAACAAGACACACUAGAGAAAAAUCUUUUACCUGUUCAAUCUGUAGUAAAAGUUUUGUAGAAAGUGGCAAUUUGAAAGUACACAUGAGAACACACACUGGUGAAAAACCUUUUUCCUGUUCAAUCUGUGGUAAAGGUUUUGUAGAAAGUGGCAAUUUGAAAGUACACAUGAGAAGACACACUGGUGAAAAACCCUUUUCCUGUUCAAUCUGUGGUAAAGGUUUUGCACUAAAUGACACUUUGAAAAUACACAUGAGAACACACACUGGUGAAAAACCUUUUUCUUGUUCAAUCUGUAGUAAAGGUUUUGUAGAAAGUGGCAAUUUGAAAGCGCACAUGAGAACACACACUGGUGAAAAACCUUUUAUCUGUUCAAUCUGUGGUAAAGGUUUUGUAGAAAGUGGCACUUUGAAAGUACACAUGAGAAGACACACUGGUGAAAAACCUUUUUCCUGUUCAAUCUGUGGUAAAGGUUUUGUGCAAAAUGACACUUUGAAAAAACACAUGAGAACACACACUGGUGAAAAACCUUUUUCCUGUUCAAUAUGUGGUAAAGGUUUUGUAGAAAGUGGCAAAUUGAAAGUACACAUGAGAACACACACAGGUGAAAAACCGUUUUCUUGUUCAAUCUGUGGCUUAUCUUAUUCAAGGAAGGAACAUUUGAAAGUACACAUAAGAACGCACACUGGCGAAUAUCCUUUUUCCUGUUCAGUCUGUGGUAAGGGUUUUACAAAUAGUGUCAAUAUGAAAACACACAAGAGAACACAUACUGGCAAAAAAAUACAUUCCUGUUCAAUCUGCAACAGAAGCUUUUGUAACCAAUCAUACCUUGUAGCACACAUGAGAAGGCACACUGGAGAGAAAGUGGUGAGUUGCAGUGUGUGUGGUGAAAGAUUCUCUUCUAAGUACCAGUGUAAGAAACACAAGUGUGCUGGUGAGAACAGCAGCAGCAAAUGAAACUGCAGGAUUUGAAAUAAACUGUCAAGACUUUAAUUUUGACUUUCUAACAACAUCAGCACAUAUAACAUGUGUGACAUUGUUGUUUGUGUAACAAUCUUUUUAGUAUGCUUCUACAUUUAUAGAUUAUAUAUUUUAUGAUUGUGCUUUUUUUCAGUCAAAUACAUGCAUUAAUAUGCAACAUUGUGUACUUUUAUUAAAAUUUUAACAGAACAUUUUGACUGAAAAGGUGAGUGUUAACAGUACACGACAUAUUUUACAUACAAUAAACAUUUUAUGUGUAUAUAUAUAUACAUCAUACAAUUUUAGGCUUGUUCAUACUAGUGUUGUUAUAGGUGUUUGAAAUAUUGAAGUGUUACAUAGUUUUAUUUGUAAUUGUUAAUGAUCCCAUAGAUUAGCACCUUUAUAUGAUAUACAUAUGUACUGGUUCACAUCUGAAACAUCUUCUGGACCACUUCGGGAAGCAUAUUAUUUACUUUAGACAUCUGAACCAUUUAUACAAUUUUAAAAUGUGUGACUUUAUGAAUUAUUUGUUUUAUUACUCUCUUUUUGUAAUAUGAUGAUUGUGUUGUGAUUGUUUUAUAUGUAUGUCCCCAGACCUUUAUGCAAUAUAAAAGUGAGAGAAAAUAACUGAAUUGUUUGUGGAAGGAUGGUUUUGUUUUUACAAACUUACAUUUGUGGAUAAAACAAAAACUCCCAUUAUUGUGUUUUUAAAAAAUGUAAUGUUUUUUUUUUUUCUUCUUUUUAACAUCCCCAAAACAAUAUCAAUUUCAGAAAACAAGUUUGGAGUGUCAGGCAAAAGCCAAUAUUGUACAUCAUCCCUCAAAGAUUUACUUUGCAUCCAUUCAUAAAAUAAACUGUUCAUUUUGUUUCCCUAUCACAGAAAGAACAAGUGUUGUCUUUAAUUGCAAAACAACAUCCUAAAAUGUAUUUUAAGUGGUCAAAUCCGUUUUGUUUUUUUUGUUUGUUUUUUUUAAACGCCUUUGCCUUUGAAAAAUGGAAACUUUGAAAUUAUUUGUAUUUUUUGUUUGUUUGUUUUGUUCCACAGAAAAUACAGCAAAGAAGAAAUAGUAAAGAAUUGUCUAAUUUCAGUGUUUCAAAUCUGUAAUAUU